AUCAAGCGGCGAUCGCGUGGAUCGAUCGAUUGAUCGGUCGGUCCAAGGAAAUCCUGAUGACUCCUCAAUGGGAUUCGGACUGUUCGUGAAUUCAUUGCAGGCUUCAGAGGGAAGUUGAUUCCAUAGCUGACCGUUCCUUAAGGAAUCAUUCUUGUGAAUAUUUUUGUACUGUCUCCAAAAUCCUUCAGAUCCUUCUGUAAGUGUGGUGCUUAGAGUCGAACACAAUUUUCCAGGUGGAUGCAGUAGAAGCUGAAGUAUUCAGUUUGUUGCAUCAGCGAUUAUGCAGGGUGACCAUGCAGAAGCACAGAAGAGUGAGAGUGCAGAAGACCCACUACCGAGCAUGUUGUGGGGGCUGGACCCAGUACAUGGAGUAUUUGCAAAACUCUACAUCAAGGACAUCCUGGAACUUAAAAAUUCCUGUACUGUUCCAGGAGUGUUCUUCUAUAAAACCCAUCCCAUCACCAAGGUGGAUAUAUUGGGUACAGUUGUCCAGAAGCGGGAGAGAGAGAAGUUUGUCAGUUUCGGAGUGGAUGAUGGAACUGGAGUGAUCAGCUGCUUGUGCUGGAAGAAACAAAGAACAUCGGAGAAUAUAAAACCAGCCUCAUCCUCCUUUGGUCUGAACCUCCUGGAGCAACUGAACAAGAUCACUCAGCUGGAACAACGUAACUCCCAGCUGGAUCUAGGUGAUAUCGUCCAUGUCAGAGGCUGGCUAAAAGAUUAUAGAGAGCAAAGAGAAAUCAAUUCCACCAGUGUAUCUAAGAUUGCUGAUCCCGUAUUCACUGCACAGAUUGCUCGGAUGCUGGAGCUCCCAUAUUUAUACCGAAACUUUUAUGAUAAAACUUUUGAAAUUCCAACGGAUUCACCUGAACCAAAUCAACAGGGAAUGAAGACCCUAUCACUGCAAAGGAAGAUCAAACAGUUUCUGAAUCAAACCAGAGUGAAGAAUUUCUACCAGCAGGAACUAGAAGCCAUUGAUUCACUGGUCUGCAUUGCUCAACAAGACCAAGUGAGCACAUAUUUACAAGAGCACUCAGCCCAAACCUUACAGAAAACCCCCUGUGUAUCGAGGCAGAUUCAUGAAGUUUUUCAGGAAGCUGUCUGUGCUCUACAGGAAGAAGGAAUUAUCUUCCAGAAAGUGGCUGGACCCAGCAAGCUGUACCUGGUGACUGAUGAGGCGAAGGAAUUACACAAUGUGACACUCAGAAUCAUUCAAGAUGACUCCACACGACCAAAACAUGUUGAUAAGGGCUGUCCUUUCCUUCACAUCGUGAGCUGUGUGCGGCACAGUUACAGUGCGGGCGUUAGUGAGGCUGCAGUGCAGAGAGUGCUGGACAGAUUGGAGUGCAACAGUGAAAUAAUCAGCACCAUGGACCGACACUACACAGCUGCCUGACUGGGAUACAGCCCAAAAACCCCCUGAGGAGUGGGACCUCAAUUAUGACAGCAAUAACAAUAUGUACUUUGUUGAACUGAGCCAGGAGUUGUGAGCUUGAUUCAUAACCUGUGUCUGUGAUCACCCAGGGUGCGACCAUAACCAGGAUGUGUGAAAAUCCGCCCUGUUAUCUACAAGAGUAGCAGGGAAUGUAUCACAAAUCAAUGAGGAGUUUUAAUCCCUUUUUUCAGUAAAUUUCAGAUAAAAGAUAUAAGUAAUUUGACAAAAAUUUGUCCAUGAUUGUGAACUAAUUAAAAAACUUGCAUUUAUUUGUACAUGGUACAUUUUACUUCCACAUAGCAUUGCAAAGUCUUUCAAAGUGACUGAAUUUGACUGAACCCCAGUCAUUAUUGUUUUAGAGUAACAUAUGUUUUAUGUUUUAAAGCAGGAUUCCACAACUAAUAAUGAGACUAACCAUCAGAAUAUCUGUUCUUGGUUGGUGCAGGUCAGAGCCAUGUGGCCAGGUAACAGUAUUGGCUUUGCCUCAGCUUUAAAAGCAGACAUUACUUGAGUACUGUGGGCACAGAAAGCCAGUAUUAUUGUGGACAAGGUCAGUGAGUGAGAUGUUAUGACACAGUCAACAAGUGAGAAUUUUGGGCAUAUUCAGUGAGUGAGACCUCUGGGCACAUUGGACGAGAACCACGGGUAUGGUUACUGAGUGAGAACUGCGGCACAGUGAGUGAGUAAGAAAAAUACACAGGAUUUUUUUCUCUUUACUCUUGUACGUGUUGUGGUCAUUACUGGAAAGUUAAGCGAGUGUACUCAUCCCUAAUUGCCCUUGAUUUCAGUGGCAUGCUACAUUAUUUCAGAGGGCACUUAAGAGUCAACCACAUUGUUGCGGGUCUGGAGUCACAUGUCAGCAAGACCAGAUAAAGGACAUUAGUGAACCAGACUGGUUUUUAUGACAAUUGCUAGUAGUUUCAUGGCAUCAUUACUGAGAUAUCCUUUAUAUCCUGAUUUAUUAAUUUAACUUUUUAUUAGGUCUAUAGUAUAUUAUUACUUCAGAACUUAGAUUUGAAAGUGGAGGCAAAUAGAUUUCAGUUUUCAAAUCUCUGAAGGCAACUUGCUUUUUCAACAAAGGUCAGAAAGUUAUUUAAAGCAGUGAAUUAAAGACAAAAUGCUGUCCAGGAAUUUUCCAGGAAUGCAUAUGACUUAAGUUAAAUCACUCGGUCAGCUACUUGGAAAAUUAACUGCUGAAUGUUUAGAAAAUUGAGCAUUAUAAUACAGAAACAGAUGGUCAAGAGCCAUUAGUAUGUUAAGUUCAGAAAAAGUGUCAUCUUGGCAGAAGGGCACUUUGUUUGUUUGUAGAAAUCUCCAAUUUGUGAGGGUUUGGUUUGUAGAAGUCUCCAGGUUGUGUUUAGUUUCUAGAAGUAUCCAAAUUGUGAGAUUUUCUUUUGUAGAAGCAUUCAAACUGUGAAAGUUUAGUUGGUAGAAGUCCCCAGACUGUCGGAAUUGGGAAAAAAAAGUCUUAAGCUGCUUUAGCAGUCCAAGGAGGAGGGCUGGAAAGAGUCAUUUUGAGUAAGAAAUGAAAUAUGUAGAAUAGAAGUGAUAAUUCUCCAAGAUUGAGUGACUGUAAAGGAUGAUUCCUGGGAAAAAGGGUUGGCAUUGUUUAUGCUAUCUAUGUUGCAGUUGUUCUAAAUUGGCUUAUACAACUUCAUUUACUUUUGUGUAAUAAACUUGUGGUCUUUUGUUUAAAAAGAA